AUGGCGGGGGUGCUCGCGCCGAGCCCAGCUGGAGCCACGCCCAACCGCCUAAAGCGCAAGGCCCCUGACUCUUCCGACGCCGCCACAACCUCCACCUCCGCAGGAGAGGACGAGGCGGCGGCGGGGCUGGAGGAAGAGGUGGAGGACCUGGAGAGGGAGGUGGCCGAUCUGGGCCGCCGCAUACUCGAGCACCGCCGCGACGCCGCCACCCGCUUCCUCGACGCCACAGUGUCGCGCCUCGCCGCCUUCCGUCCGACCGCCUGCCCGGAAGUUCCAGGUGAACAACAGUCUGUGGCGGGAACCUCGCAUGCCGAAGCUGACCAAGAUAAGCUUGAAAAGCUAAAGAUCUUCAAAUCGAAGACUGAGGCUAGCAUUGCAGCUAUGCCCAAGGUCCUGCAGAAAAUGAACAAAUGUGUUGCUCAGAUGGAGAAGCUGGAGAAGCUGAACGUGACUAUACAUCCUGUUUUCCAAAGAAAACGGUAGCAGUUAACAUUGAUAAUGUGAUUUUUUGUU